AAUUCUCAUCUCGUCGUGCAUUGACGCCAACAACUGUUUAACUACAAAUACAAAAAAUUGUAAAAAAGGAGUAUUUUUCACACUACUCCGCUAGUUGCUAAUUUGUUGAAUAAACAAAAACAAAAAUAAAAAAUAUAUUGCGACAACCGGUAAACGUGCAAUUGUGCAAUUGAUUUAGUGAGAAUAUAAGCAGCUUGGCGUCGAACGAAGUCGAAAGUCGGUUCAAGGAAGUUUAAAAUAAAUAAUUUUUCUUUAAAAUUUAAAGAAGGAUUAACUUUUGCUGUGAUAAUUUUUUUUUUUAUUUCGGUGUGCGAUUACUAAAUAAGUGAAGAUGUGGAAAUUGGCCAUUUUCUUUGCUAUUUUUCAAAUGAAUUUAGCGCAGAAGAGCGAAAUACCCGAGUAUAUCAAACAAUGCCGUCGAGGUGAUCCGCAAUUGUUGGAGUGUUUUAAAGGUUCUUUGGAACAUCUGAGGCCGUAUUUGGCGCGUGGCAUUCCCGAGAUUGAGUUACCCUCCGUCGAACCAUUCAGAAUGGAUGCGCUUUCACUACAACUCACCGAUGGUCCUCAAGGCUAUAAAAUCACUUUGAAGAAUCUCGAAGUGCUGGGCGCCAGUAACUUUCAGGUGAAAUCAAUGAAAUUGAGUGAAGGUGAUGAACCUUUCAAGGCGCGCAUCGCUAUGCCCAAAUUGAAUAUCGAAGCCAAAUACACCAGCUCCGGUGUGUUGCUGAUCAUACCAGCUUCGGGUGGCGGUGACUUCCAUGCCACUUUUGAGGGCGUAACUGCUGAUCUCACCGGCAAAACGUCGACAAGCGAAAAGGCCGGUCGCACAUAUCUCCACGUGGACUCACUCAGCCUGGUUUUGAACGUGAAAGACGUCAGUAUGAACAUAUCGGGCGCUUUCAAUAACAAUCGAAUUCUGCUCGAGGCCACUAAUUUGUUCCUGCGUGAAAAUUCUCGCAUCGUUUUAGAGGCUAUGCAAUCGCAGCUGCAAAAGAAAUUGGCGCAGGAGUUCGGCAAAUUGGCUAAUCAGCUGCUGAAAAAUGUGCCCAGAGACUUGUUCUAUGUGGAUUAAAGGGUGUGAUUUUGUAAUGUGUUUGUAGUAAAUUGAGAUCGACACAACUUUCAAGCCAAGCAUAGCUAACCAUCUUUGGUUUCAUUGAAUUCAAAAUAUUCCGAACAAAAACGUAGUUUGCACAAAUGCAACGCGUUAAUACAAAAUCCGUUUCACAAAUGCGCAACUCCGAAUCCAUCUUGCACCGAUUUGAAGGCAGUUACAGUGUGGCUUGUAAAUAAUGAACUACUAACUAUUUCCUUGGCAUUGCGCUACUUUUACUGCAAACCUCUUAAAACUUUUUGUUAUGUUAUUUUUAAUUUUUAUUUUUGUAAAUAUUUAUUUUAAGUUCAGAAUUUAUUUAUAAGUUUUAAAUAUUUAAGCUCUUACCAUUUGUAGGUGUAUUACAAUAAAGUUUAUCAUUCACAUACA